CCUCAGCCAUGGCCACGGCAGAGGGGACGUUGGGGACGUGGGUGCCGGGUGUCCCCAAGGACUGCAGCAGCGACGACGCUCACGCCAUGGGUCGGGGCCCCUUGGCCAUCCUACGCCAGGUGGUGGCCGCCUGUGCCUACCCCGAGCUGCUGGGUAACCCCACGGUGCCCGAGGGUGCCCGGCACCGGGCACGACGUGUCCUGGGGGAGAUGGACGCCGGAAACAUCGGGGGCUACAACCACGAGCACCGGGGGUUGGGGGUCCCCACCAGGGUGGCCCGUUUCCUCCAGCGCCGCGAUGGGGGGGUCCCCUGUCACCCCCACAACAUCGUCCUCUGCAGCGGCACCUCCAGCAUCCUCCCGGGGCAGCAGGAACGAGCCUUCCUCCCCGAGCGCCCCUUCCUCUCCUUCAAGCGGGUGCUGUGGGAGAUGGGUGCCCCCUUCUCCUCCACCGUCCAGCUCAUCUCCUUCUACUCCCUCUCCAAGAGCGUCGCCGGGGAGAGCGGUUUCCGAGCGGGGUUCCUGGAGCUGGUGAACGUGGAGGAGGACGUGGUGCUGCCCUUCCAGCUGGCCCAGUCCAUCCCCCGGCCCUGCGUCCUGGGGCGCGUCCUGCUCGACCUCCUCAUGGACCCCCUGGAAGAGGGGGAUCCUGUCCAGAAGGCGCUGGAGGAGAGGCAGGGGCUGCUCCAGGACCUGGCCCACAACGCCCGGUUGGUGCAGGAGGUGCUGGGCCGGGCCCCCGGCAUCCACUGCCCCCCACUCCAGGGGGGUGCCCGCGCCUUCCCCCGCAUCCAGCUCCCGCCCCGCGCCCAGCGCCAGGCCCGGGAGCUGGGCCUGGAGCCCGAUGUCUUCUUCUGCCAGAAGCUACAGGAGGCGACGGGGAUGGUGGUGGCCCCGGGGAGCGAGUUUGGGCAGAUGGAGGGCACCCACCACCUCGUGCUGUCCCUGUUGCCACCGGCUGCGACGCUGGAGCAGAUCCUGCUGACCCUCACCCAAUUCUACACCACCUUCCUGCACCAGUUCUCCUGAGGCCACCUCUCUGCUGGAACCCACCACCGCGGUGUCCCCGGG